CAGCGCCAGGCGGCCGCGGGCGCAGCGGCAGCACCCGCGCGCGCUCAAUCGCCGUGGCCCUCGGAGCGCACCAGCGGAGCGGAGCUCGGCCGUCCGUCUCAGGUCUCACCUCGCAGGUGCAGCGAGACGAGUUCGGACGGCUCUAUCGUCGUCGUCAUCAGCACCACCCACGCCGCCGCACACCCACAGCGCUGGCGAGCAUCGCGUCUCCAUCCAUCCGCCGCACCACCACCACCAGCAGCACUGCGCGCCACGCACCGUCUCGCACCGCCAGCCCAGCUCGCUGUGCCGCUCGCCCAGGACUGCACGUCGCCGCGCUAGUCCGGCCUGGCCUUUGCCGCGCCGCCAGCUUCUCGCAGCCUCGACGCUCGCAUCCACCUGGCUGUUGAGCGCUCCACACGCUGCUGCAGCUUGCGCCUUGCUCUCUGAGGCGCUUUCUUCCGCCACAUCCGAAGCUCGCUCGACAUGUCCUCUCGCGACACGGCAAACGCCAACGGCAGCUCCAGCUCCGGCGGCGGCGGCUUUGCGUCGCUGCUGCGAGCGGCGCGCAAGUCCACCGAGAGCCUGCGCAGCGUGCGGAGCAAUGCCAGCCGGAGGAAGUCGCUCAGCGAGGGCAUCUCGCGUGCAUCCAGCCGCGCCACGAACUAUUCUGACGCUCCGCCGCUGCCCGAGACGCCCAGCGAGGUGGGCACGCCCGGCCGGCUCUCUGCUGACCCCUUUGGCGCUGCACGAGGAGCACACCGCGUGCGCAGCGAGAGCGUCACGCCGACGCCUCGCACCGAGGCCUCGAACCCGCUGGCGGCCAGCACGCCGGGCGCCACGACGCCGGCGAGCAGCAUUGCCGAGCAGCAGCGUGCCGCGGCAGAGAAGGCGCAGCACGAGGAGGCCCACCUCGAGGCGGCUGAAGACGAUGGCAUCAGUCCGCUGGAGGGCUCGCGCAAGGGCCUGUAUGCGCAGAACUCACCAGCCACGUCCAUCGGCUCGCUCAGCAAGUCGAUGAAGCGCGGCACGGGCAGCGCCAGCUCGCGGCGCAAGGGCAAGGGCUCGCUGCUCAACUCGGCCAACGCGAGCGGCGUCAGCCUGGGCCUGCAGCCGCUCGGCGAGGAGUUCGAGACGGACGAGGGCGAGCUGCGCGUUGCGCCCGGCAAGGGCGACGGCAACACUGUUGCGCAGCUCUAUGCCGUCUUUGGCCUGCCCAAGGAUCCGUCCGUGUGGACGCUCGCCGAGGAGGACUGUGUCGCGGGCGUGCACCACAUCGAGGGCGCCGUGGGCCGCUUCUGGCGCCCCGAGGUGCUGGGCUGCUCGAUCUGCCCCUCGCCCAGCGAGGUUCUCGCGCGCAGCACUGGCGGCAAGACGCCGACGAAGGAGAAGGACAGCGGCGCGGCCAAGUGGGAGGGCCGGGGCGCAGACGGCAAGAAGCCGCAGAACCCCAAGUUCAUCGAGAUGGCAGACGGGCGAGGCGGCGUCGAGCGCGCAGAGACUGCGCGCGUGCUCAGCAAGGCGCUCAAGCUCUCCUUCACGCGCGAGAUCGAGAUUGUGUCGGGCCAGGCCAACUUCCCGCCCUCGGCAUCGUCGCACACCUUCUCGUUCUCGGUUCCCACGCUCACGUCUUCCGGCGAGACGCUCGACCAGACGGGCACGAUGGGCCGCACCGAGGGCCGCAAGGCGACUGGCGCGGUGGGCGUGUCUGUCGGCAAGGCCAACGCCGCCAGCGCCGUCGGCGAGGGCUAUGGCCUGCAGCGCGGACCGGGCGCCAGCGCGGCUGCCGGCAACGGCUUUGGCGACAGCCCUGACCCGGCCACGUUCUACGGCGUCGUGCUCACUGUCUGGAGCGCCGCCGACGAGCGCCGCGCGCGCACGAUCAAGCGCGAGCUCACGCGCAUGAACCGCCAGCGCGCCGACGCCAAGGCCGCCGCCGCGAACAACAAGCGCAACGGCGGCUCGGGCAAUGGCUGGAGCGGCGGCGACACCGACACGACGGGCGCCGAGGAGACGGCGGCGGACGACGACGGCGCCAAUGGCGACGGCUACUCCUUCUUGCCGGCGCACAACACGUUCUUCAUGCCGUACGCCAUCUGCAUCGUCUCGCGCUACCCGCUCUACGACCUGCUCGGCGACUGGAACAAGAUGGCGUGGCACAAGUACUCGCGCAACAUCGAGAUGCACAAUCAGCAGAUGGCCACGAUUCUGCGGCACCCGGCGCCGCGCCUCGGCGAGCAGGUGCUCAUCGAUAGCCCGAGCCACGAGCUGACGUUCGUGUGCAAGUUCCCCGGCGCGCUCGAGUGGGGCUCGGGCCUGAUCGGCAUCGACUUUUCGAUGUGGCCCAUCUUCAAGACGCUCAGCCUGGACAACAUCCUGAGCAUCUGCGAGAUUGCGCUUUCGCCCAACGGCCGCGUGCUCUUUCAAUCGCGCCACCCGGCGCUGCUCGGCCUGGCCGUCGAGACGUUCAAGCACAUCGUCGAGCUGCGCGGCUGGCGCGGCGUGGCAAACCAGAACUGCCACGCGCGCGACGUGCGCAUCUACCUCGAGGAUCCCGGCUCGUGGAUCAUUGCGAUCAACACGGAGCUGCGCAGCAUCAUCAAGCCCGCGCCCGAGGUGUGCGUCGUGGACCUCGACGUCAACAACAUCUCGUGCCCGCGGCCGCCGAAGCACGCGCCGAGCACGGGCAGCGUGCGCGAGCGCCGCAAGCGCAAGCUCGCCACGGGCAUCUCCAUCUCGGGCGUCGAGCACGCGCCGCCGCGCCAGUACGUCGAGGCGUACCCGGGCGGGCGCUUCCGGCCGCUGAGCAACGUGCAGCUGCGCGAGCGCAACUCUGCCUACGAGCAGCUCGAGCGUCCCUCGUGGUUCGACCAGGGCCCUGCGCUCACCGCCUUUGACCUUGCGCUGCAGGACACGACGCGCUCGACGUUCCUGCAGAAGGUGCUGCGCACGCGUGCGUCCAAGGCUGGCGCCGCCAGCGAGGCGGAGCUGGCCGCGAUCCUUGCGCUGCGGCGCCGCGCCAGCACGUUCGUCGAUGCGCGCGACGGCCUCGAGAAUAAGAUCGGCCGCCUCAACAAGCGCCUGGCGUUCCUGAUGAGCGAGUCCGAGAUGUGGAAGCAGCAGUUCGCCAAGAUCCAGCAGCUCGUCGACCGCCUCACGCGCGAGGCCAACGACCUGCGCAGCAAGGUUGACAAGGAGCGGCGCGAGAGCCGGCGCCUCAGCUCGACGCUGGCUCAGCGCGACCUCGAGCAGGUGCAGAUCCAGCUGCGUCUCAAGGAGACGGAAGACGCGCGCGAGCAGGCGCAGAUCGAGCUGCUGAAGAUGCAGAAGGCCAUGGACUCGCUCGAGCAGGAGCGCGAGGCGAUGAUGGACGAGAUCCGCAACGUCAUCAGCGGCGCCGGCGCCGGCGAGGACGGCGAGUUCGACAUGUCGCGCUUCGACAUGUACGGCCAGGCGAAUCGCCUCGCACGCCCGAGCAGCCCCAACGGCUCGCACCACAGCGCCACGCCCUCGCAGGUGGCCGAGAGCAUCAUGCGGCACCGCACUGCCGCCGAGGCGCGCAUCUCCGAGGGCCGCGGCAGCCGCGCGGCGAGCCGCAACGGGCACGAGGCGCGCGGCAAGGAGGGCUCGCAGGACGGCGAGCGCAAGGGUGCCGACGGCUCGUCGCAGGUGCACCACUUCCCCGACGACCAGAUGAACCAGGAGAUCCAGGCGCGCACCAAUGUCGUGACGGACCAGAUCUCGCGCAUCCAGCAGCAGCUCGAGUCGACGCUGACGAACCUCGAGGGCCGCCGCUCGGGCACGUACGAGCGCAGCGAGCGCCGGCGCGACCGGCGCACGUCGAAUGCGUCGAUCUCGAGCAUGCGCUACGAGUACGGCAUUCCGUCGAGCAUCGGCCACGGCGGCAUGGCCAGCGAGAGCGAGUCGCACUACCGCGCGCCGUCGAGCGUGGGCGGUGGCGGCGGCGGCGGCAUGACGACCGACGACGACAACUACAGCGACAUGGACUACGCCAUGGAGAGCGCGCGCAAGCGCGAGAAGCGCCUCGCCCGGCAGGAGCGCCGCGAGAAGCGUCUCGCUGCGGGGCCGUCGGCCUACAAGGCAGUCACGCCGUCUGCGUCGUCGGGCAACCUCUCGCAGGCCGCCGCCACGCCGCCAAGCAGCAGCGGCAUCGAGCCGGCGCAGGCCGCCUCGUCGCCGCUGCCCACCGGCACGCCCACGCGGCCACCGCCGCGCGAGCGCAAGCCGUCGAACCCGUGGAAGCAGCAGAGCAGCGCACCCACGCCCAAGGACUCGCCCGAGUUCAUCUCGGCCCCGGGCACGCCAGGCUCGCACGCCGGCGACACGUCGAACCCCGCCAUCGACGCCACGCCGGGCCUGGGCGCGCAGAGCAACGGCCACGCAGCCAACGGCAAGGACGUCGAUGCCACGCCGCGCCAGCAGGUCAAGGCAUGACGCGCCAGCACCUCAAGACUUCUUAUGAUCUUCCUUCUUUUGCAUCUCGCCACGCUUCUCCCUCCGGCUUGUGGCCCUGCCUCCUCCUUUGGACGUUUCCUGGAACACCUGCGCGCAGCGCGCCUACCUGCUUGGAAUGCCAUAUGCGACUCAGACCCGG